UUUUAUCUCACAGGCGUUUUAUUCACAUUUUCUGUAUGAUGUCGGUGUUUCAGUGGGGGUUAGCAGCGUUAGCUUGUAUAUAAGUUAGUAUAAUUUACUAGUUAGUUUAUUAGGGUUAUAGUUAGGUUGGUCAGGAUCACAGACUGUGUAUAAUAAGUAACACUUUAUAUAUUUAUAUAUAUAGUUAUUUAUUUAUAUAGUUAUAGUCUCUGGUUAGGUAGGUUACUGUUAAAUUAAAAAAAGAUUUGUUAAUAAAGCCCAGACUUUCCGAGCUGUAGGUGAGUCAGUAAAUGCGCUGAUUAUUGUACUUAAACUAUAUGGGUAUCAUUUUAUUUAGUUAUUUAUUUAGCAGCAACACUUCAACACCUUAAACCGGGGUUUUGGGUGGCUCUGCUACUCUCCAUAUGAGCAGGAACUUUGUACUUGUCUGUGUCUGUCCAUCCAUCCAUCCAUCCAUCCAUCUAAAGCUAUCUUUAAGAACUCCCUGCUGGAAACACUAUGUCAGUAUCUGGAGCUCGACUGGCUGGACUGGCUCAGGUAACUGACUACCUCUACAUCAGCAAUGGUAGAGCAGCCAAGGACAGCACAGUUAUAACCCGCCUCAACAUCACCUGCAUUAUAAACGCCACACAGGACAAUGGUAAUCCUUGCCUUCCCUCUGUUGAGUAUGUUUGGGUGCCUGUCACAGACUCUCCUGAAACCCAGCUUGAAGAACAUUUUGAUACGGUGGCGGACAGGAUUGAUGAAGUCAGAGCACAGUGUGGUCGAGUUUUAGUGCACUGUUGUGCUGGAGUGAGCCGCUCAGCCACUCUGUGCCUGGCCUUCCUCGUGAAGCACUGUGGCAUGUCUCUAAUAGAGGCACAUGGACUUGUGAAGUCAAGAAGACCCAUCGUUCGACCCAACAGUGGUUUCUGGAAACAGCUGAUUGACUAUGAGGUGAAGUUGAGAGGAACAAGCUCUGUGAUGAUGGUAUCGUCACCUCUGGGGCUGAUUCCAGACUUGUAUGAGAAGGAAACUAGAGGUUUAAUUCCACUUUGAUACAUGUUUUGUGUGUUCAGCUAUUUAAAUUAUUGCUUUAUCAAAGUGUGUCUCCACUCGUUCCUACAUGGUCCAAAUGUUUUCUGUAUUUUAGCUCCAAAAGCACUGAAUCCAAGCUCAGGGUAAUUUGCACUGAUUUGUAAAAUAAAUUAUUUGUAUACAUCUGUUAUUUAAAGAAAAACAAAAAAUGUAAGUUCCUUAUGUAAAAUUGUGUUCUUAUAACUUGGUAAAUCUUAAUUAAUCUUUCAUGUAACUGUUAUUUUUUAUUUAAUGUGAAACUAAUAAAAUAUAUUAUUACUUCUUCUGACCUAAAUAUACAUUUGUAUACCCUCUGUUCUUGUUUUUGUAAAGUUCAGUGAGUUACCAGCAGGUGGCAGAAGAGUAGUUAUUUUUUCUAAAACCUUGCCUUUAUUUGCAUUACAUCGUAAACUCUUCUAUUUAACAGAUUAUUUUCCUUAAUUCAUUAAAUCAAGUUUAUUGUUUUAUCACAUUAGCACAGGAGUAUAUUAUAUGUGCAUAUUUCCACUUAGUAGCACAAAAAAUAA